AGCAAAGCUACCAAUCUCUCAUUCAUCAAAUUAAAUCGUUGAGGACUUCAGGACAUCUCAUCAUGGCGAGCGGAUUCCUUCUUAUACAGUCAGAAAUACCAUAUUCUGAAUUUCUCAGUUCGGAUAUCGUAGAACUUGGCACAAAGAAUUCAGAACGGACCUUCAAAAUCCACAAAGCUUUACUUGAAGCAAAAAGCAAUGAACCCUAUGGUAGGCUAGAAUACAUCAAGGAAGGCAAGGAAAACAUCUAUCAAUUCCACGACACUUCCGACAACACACUUUUACGUUUCAUAGAAUGGGCGUAUAGAGGUGACUAUCCCGAAAAGAUGGAUGAGCCUAGCUUAGCAAGUGCCAAUGUCACGAAAGUAUCCAGUUCUGAUGAUGGUGAUACCACAACUGGCAAGGACCCAUUGAGUUGCCAUAUGGAGAUGUACAUCUUCGCUCACGUGUAUGGAGUACCGGGGCUAGGAGCAAAGGCAUAUGAACGUCUCACGGAUCGUCUUAAAACAAUCGAUAAACCACAAGAUGGAAAAGUGAAACUGCAGGUGAUAUCUAUGAUAGGUCUCGGUUUCAGAAAUCUUUAUGAACAUGAUAAGCUCUUGGGCUGGCUGGGAAACUAUGCAUCGUUCUGUCUGAGCGAGCUGAGAACAGUACCUGAAUUCCAGAAACUGCUGGAAGAAGUGCCGUCUCUCAGCCUAGCAAAUCUUCAGGACUCGGCAGCAAAUCUUCAGCAGGAUUCGGCAGCAAAUCUUCAGGAUUCGGCAGCAAAUCUUCAGCAGGAUUCGGCAGCAAAUCUUCAGCAGGAUUCGGCGGCUGUUCUUCAGGAUUCGGCGGCUGUUCUUCAGGAUUCGGCGGCUGUUCUUCAGGAUUCGGCGGCUGUUCUUCAGGAUUCGGCAGCAAUUCUUCAGGAUUCGGCAGCAGUUCUUUAUUUUUCGGCAGGAGUUCUUCAGGAUUUGGCAAAUCUUCAGCCUUGGUUACUCAAACUUAAAAGCGGUCUCCAGGCUUUGGCAAGUUACUAG